CGUAAAUAGUGUUAUCUACGACUUGGGUUUCCGACUGUGAUUAGUGUGAUUUACGACUGAUAUCUGAUGAUAUACACCGUUAUAUUAUUAUCAACAUAGUAAAAAUCCGAUGUUAUUAUAAAUCAUUAGAGAUAUUAAUAAUAUAAAUAUAAACAAAAUAAAUUUUGUUCGAACGGACAAUACGUGGUACGAAUAGGGGCCACCGAACAUAUGCACGUUAUUGUUUUCUUUCUCUUUGUGGCAAUUUCUCGAUAUUCAUUAUUCAAUUCACAGUAAUAAGUUGUAUAAAAAUAAUAAAAUAAAUAAAUAAUAAUAAUAAUAAUAAUAAAAUCCAAUCGGAACAGAUUAGAUUAGACCGUUACCGUUGUUAUUCGAGGACGUAUUUUUGGUAGCAGUAGACUUCUAAAACAUUCAUCAUUGACGUUUUCCCGUCACGGUCAUACUCGUUUGUCAUUUGGUUAUCGGCUCUCGGUAAUGUAAAAUAGAUAGCUAACGAGUUGUGUGCAAUGUCGCUGUUCAUUAUUGUCACAUCAAUACCGUAACUGUAAAACUUGUAAAUAUUACUGGCAUAAUAAUUAUAUAGUAGUAUUUCUACGUUGAAAACAAAACCAUGAGUUCCCUAUACUCGACACCUAUUGGUUUGAUCUUUGUUUUUAACCUGAUUAUUGGGCCAGGUUCACUGACAUUGCCAGCCGUUGUUCGAGAAGCUGGAUGGGUUUUGAGUAGCUUAUUUAUUGCUUUUAUGGCUUUUUUAAGUUACAUUACAUUUUCAUUCAUUAUAGAAUCAAUUUCAAUUACAAAUUCUAUAACACAACUUCGUAAAUUACAAAUGAUGAAAAGUGUUACCAGGGUAUUGAAAUCAAUGCCACAAAUUACACCAGUUAACUAUGACAAACUUUCAAAUGCUAGUACAGAUAGUUAUAACAGUGAAAAUGAAUCACCUAUUUUUGACAAUCCAGUAUUACCUACAUCCAGUUCUUUAAUGGACUUUCCUCCUGAAUCUGUUGAAUUACUUUCACUUGAUAAUAGGAUAGAAUUGGGUGAAAUGGUAACAGUACUAUUACCUCCAUUCGCUAAAGUGUUGUUUUUUUUUUCCAUUAGUGGCUAUUUAUUUGGUGAUUUAGCAAUUUACUAUAAAGCAAUUGGACAAUCACUUGUAGACUUCACCUGUGAUCACAAAUCAAAUAAUAAUUCUGCUAAUAAGUCAGAUUUGUGCUGGGAAAAUUCUUCUUAUACUAAACAUGAAAUUUAUUUAAGCUAUUUGAUGCUGUAUAUUUUAAUAAUAGGACCAUUCACAUUUUUUAAUGCUCAAAAGACUAAAUACUUACAAGUUAUUGGUUUUCUCAUGCGUAUUAUAGCAUUUAUUACAAUGAUCGUUCUAGCAACAAUGCGACUGAUAUCUCCAACCCAAAAGCAUGGUUAUACACCAGCAUCAAACUUUAUCGCUAUGCCACAAUUAAUAGGCGCUACAAUUUAUGCGUUUAUGUGUCAUCAUUCAAUCCCAUCUGUGAUUUCACCUAUCAAAAAUAAAAACAAAAUACUGUUGAAAGUAGCAGCUAACUUUUUGUUAGUAUAUACACUGUUAAUGUGUUUGUGUAUGACAGGUGUUUUUGCAUUCCCAAAAGUAAAUGAAUUGUAUACUAUAAAUUUCUCACCAUCACAAGAUACUAGAUUAUUUUAUCGACUAAUCGAUUCAAUAUUGCUUCUGUUUCCUGUAUUGACAAUCAGUAUUAGUUUUCCAGUUAUUGCUAUUACAUUAAGAAAUAAUAUCCAAGUGAUGUUUCUUCCAAAUGAUGCACAUUGGACCUGGAGGCGAAUAAUUAUACCAUUGUUCUCUUUGAUUACGCCUGUGCUUUUAGCGGCUUUUGUGGCACGUCUUGAAGUUUUAGUUUCAAUUGUUGCUGUGUAUGCUGGUACUGGUGUUCAGUAUGUAACCCCUGCAUUAUUGGUCAUGGCUGCACGUGCUGAAAUUCCACAACAAGUGGCUGCAAUUAAAAAUGAUUAUUGCUCACCAUUUAAAUCUAAAUAUUGGCCGCUGUGUGUUCUGAUAUGGACAGUAAUAUGUAUAAUAGUUUUAACCAUUUCCUUGAUAAGUAAAGAAUUCAAAUGAAAGAUAGACAUAAGCUCAUAUGAACUUGUCACUAUUAUGUUUGUCUACCAAUUUAACUUUUAUCAAAUAUGUGAAUAUAUUUUACUAAAAAUUUAUUUAAGAGAUAUAAAGACUAUGAUUAUUUACGUCACGUUAAGUGUAUACAUAAUAUUUAACUUA